AUGAGCUUGGCGGGGCUGCGCGGCCCGUGUGUUGUGCGGCCGCCCGGCGCGACGGCGCCAUGCCGAGCGUCCCUGGCGAGGAUCGCCCUGCAGAGGCCCGUCUGCCGUCACGGGGCGCCGGCGGGGCGCGCCCUGCGCUGUGGUGUCCGGGCCCGGGGCGCGGAAGGGGACAGCGCCGACGCGGGCACAUCGCCGGACCCCGUCGAGGCGCCUCAGCUUGAUAGUGGAGGAGAGAAGGGCUCGGCGUCGGUGCCGUGGCUCCCGCUCCUGGUGCUGGGCAGUGCGGGAAUGAUGGAGACAGGGUAUCUGACGGCCGCGCGCCUGAUCGGGACGGACGUGUCUUGCCCGCUCACGGGCGGGUGUGCGGACGUGCUGAGCUCCAGCUACGCGUCGGUGUUCGGCGUGCCUCUGCCGGCCUUCGGGUUCGCUGCGUACGGAGCAGUCACCGCACUGGCCGCUGCGGCGCGCGCCAGCGAGGGCCCGAACGAGCGCUCCCUCGUGCGCUGGACGCUCUUCGGUACCGCCACGGCCCUGGUGACGACCAGCGGGCGCCUCAUGUACCUCCUCGCGACGGAACUCGGCGGCGAGCUCUGCACCUGGUGUCUCACGUCUGCGGCCCUGUCGUUCGGCAUCGGCGCCCUCACGUACCGCAGCUUCUCCAAGCCCGAGCUCAAGUCCGGCGCGGCGCCGGGGCUCACCGUCGCGGCGGCGGUCCUCGCGGUGCUCGCGGUGGGCCAGCCGUCGCAGGCCGACGGCGGGGACGUCCUGACCGAGCUGCCGUACGACCCCCCCGUCGUGGAGACGCAGUCCACGCCGGAGACCGAGGCCCUCGCGCGGCGCCUGAACGCCGUCGGCGCGCGCAUGUACGGCGCGUUCUGGUGUCCGCACUGCUUCCAGGAGGAGGAGCUGUUCGGGCGCGGCGCGAUGAAGGACUUCCCCUACGUGGAGUGCUUCCCCGAGGGGUGGUCGAAAGGGAAGAAGCCGGCGCAGGCGUGCGUGGACGCGGGGGUCAAGGGGUUCCCGACGUGGGUGAUCCCGGGGCAGGAGCCGCUGCUCGGGGCGCAGCCGCUGGAGGAGCUCGCGCGGGUGGUGGCCGCUGCGGAACAGAGGGCCUCGGACAGCGCCGUCGAGGGGCGGUGA